AUGGGCUUGGGGCAAGGAGACCUGGUGCCGUACUGGGCCUUAAAGAAGGACCAGUACGGCAAGAGCUUCGUCGGCAGGAGCAAACAAGUUCGUAAUAGUGAUGAAAUUCCCUGGCUCACUCUGAGGGCAGCGAACGGACUUAACCUCCCGUGGGUAGGGUACAUGGUGGCCGACUUUGAAAUCCAUGGGGUCCGGGUACCUGCACGUGGCAUUGUAGUGGCUAAGGACGAGUGUAUUGGAGCAGACAAAGCCAUCCUAGGGAUGAACGUGAUUACUGACUGUUGGGAAGAACUUUUCGCGCAGUACAAGGCCUCCCCCAAACACUCGACGCCACCACUGAGCAGGGAAUGGAACACUGUUUUUAUCGACUGUCAACGCAUCCGUGCUGCCUCUGCUGCAGAGCCAUGGCAAGCUACAGCUAGAUUAGCCAGUCGUACUCCUGUAACCAUACCCGCACAAAGUGAAAUGACUGUUUGGGCCAAAAUCCCACGGCCCUCUUCAAACCAGCCAGGCUGUGCGCUGGUAGAACCCCUUGGGGAAGAUGGAGGAGUUGGGGUGGCCAGAGCAUUAGUGACUGUGAGAAAGGCGCGCAUUCCAGUGAGGGUUAGGAAUGUCCAUCCGUAUGCUCUAACACUCAGCAGGUUCCAGAGGCUGGCAACUGUCUCGGCCGUCAACCCUGACGCGGUGCGGGAUGGGAAGGAGCUCUCCAUUCUGAAUGUGGGUCCUGGAGUCGUGGAGGUUAAUCUGGUCGACACUGCUGAUCCGGACAAACCAGAGGUGAAUGAGACAACUAAUGCCCUUCCCCUCUCUAAAGGAGAUGGACUCACAGAUGACCGGGAAUUGGCCGGAGAAGAGAGACUGGUUGGGGCAGUAGAGACUAUGUCUAUGGACUCUCCGCCCAAUAGCUGGAGGUGGGACCCAGUGCGCUGGAGAAGUCUACAAAAUGAAGACCCCGACUUACAAAGCAUAAAGGAGCACGUUGAAAGAGGCUCCACCCCGAACGCCCAAAUUAUAGUGUGCGUCCUGAAGGAAGAGAUGGCCCUGAACGAGUCAUCCAUCGCAACAACUUGA